AUGCCUCUCUCCCUGCUUCACGUGUCCGUCCUGGGACUGCUCCUCGCGCUCUCCUCUGCGUGCUACAUCCAGAACUGCCCUCGGGGCGGGAAGCGCGCGCUGCCAGAGGCGGCCACCAGACAGUGCAUGUCUUGUGGCCCCGGAGACAGGGGCCGCUGCUUCGGCCCCAGUAUCUGCUGUGGGGAGGGUCUGGGCUGCCUGCUGGGCUCGGCAGCGUCAGUUCACUGUGAGGAGGAGAACUACCUGCUCACUCCGUGCCAGGCAGGAGGACGACCCUGUGGAUCAGAGGGGGGACGCUGCGCUGCUUCAGGACUCUGCUGUGACUCCGAGGGCUGUGCGGUGGACUCCGGAUGCCUCGGCGAGGUGGAGGCCAUAGAUUCGGCCCAUAGUUCUGCGAGGAGCUCGCCCACAGAGCUGCUGCUUCGUCUCCUUCAUGCAACCAGCAGAGGACCGACCGAGUACUGAUCCACCUCACAGCCUGGAGCCGCUUCUGAGCCUCAUGUUCUGAACUCUGAACCAAGUCAAAGUUUGUUGUCUUUAAACUCUGUGCUUCUUUUUGAAGUUUUUAUUUGACAUAUUAGGAGAUAAAUAUCACAUUAUUAAUGUUAAAUUUCCUGUCUGCU